AUGCUUUCAAGAAGUGCAAGAUUCUAUCUGAGAAAGCUUUCAACGUCAGCUUCGCCCAUCCAAAUUACAAAGCUUGCAAAUGGGCUAAGAGUGGUGACAGACUCGACCCCAGGGCAUUUUUCCGCUCUAGGAGCAUACAUAGACGCUGGGCUGAGGUACGAGAAUGAACACACCUCGGGCCAUUCUCAUAUAAUGGACCGUUUGGCAUUCAAAAGCACGCUGAAAAGAAGCGGGAAACAGAUGAUGGACGAAUUGGCUCGUUUAGGUGGGAACUACAUGUGUGGUGCUCAGAGAGAGUCUAUCAUGUACCAGGCACUGGUUUUCAAUAAGGACGUGAACAAGAUGUUUGAUUGCAUCGCAGAGACCAUUCGUGAACCUCAGCUCACGGCUCCGGAAAUUGCCGAGGCUGGGGACACAGUUGAGUAUGAGUUGGGGGAGCUUAUACAUAAGCACGACUUGUUUCUUCCAGAGAUCUUGCAUGCUGCUGCUUAUCCAGGGAACACCUUGGGCAUGCCAUUGCACGGGCUGCCAGACUCGUUGCGGAGUCUAACUCCAGAGGGUAUUGCGUCUUUUCAUAAAAAUUUCUACACACCAGAAAACACUGUUGUGGCGAUGGUGGGAGUAGACCACCAAGAGGUGUUAAAGAUGGUGGAACUGCGUCUAGGUGACUGGAAGAGCCUGGGGGCCCCAAUCAAACAUGAGAAGCCUGUUUACAAAGGAGGCGAGAUCGCCUUGCCUUACCAGGAACCACUCUACAGUAACUUGCCAAAACUUGUGCACAUGCAAAUUGCAUUCGAAACAGAGGGCUUGCUCAGCGAGGACCUAUAUGCUUUGGCUACCCUCCAAAAGUUGCUUGGCGGUGGCUCUUCCUUCUCUGCCGGUGGCCCUGGUAAAGGUAUGUUCCUGAGACUUUUCAGAGUGUUGAACCAAUACCCAUUUGUUGAAAACUGCCUGUGCUUCAAUCAUGCCUACACCGACCUGGGACUUUUUGGCAUCACCAUCUCAUGCUACUUGGGACAUGGUGAGUACAUGGCUCAGGUUGCCGCUCACGAGUUCGCCAAAGUUUUGGAGACUGACAUAAGCAAAGGUGGUAUCACCUCGCAAGAGUUCCGCAGGGCCAAGAACCAGCUCAUCUCGUCAUUGCUCAUGAACGUUGAGAGCAAGCUUGCAGCGCUCGAAGAUAUCGGCCGUCAAGUGCAAUGCCAGGGUAAGGUCACAACGGUUGAUGAGAUGGUGGCUAAAAUUGAGGCGCUUCUGAUAGACGACGUGCGUAAGGUUGCGCAGAAAGUGUUCUCAGGAAUUGGAAAUGGAAAGAAGCAAAGCCAACCUUCGGUGGCAAUUCAGGGCAACCGUGAAGAGAUCGGAGACGUCGAAUACGUCUUGCGGUAUUUUGGUCUUGGUGCCUGGGAUACUCCCGCUCCUCCUCAUCCUCGAGACUACAGCAAAGAAGGCAAAUCUACACUCAAAGAGUGGUUUUCAUAG